AUGGCAGCCAAGAUCACUGUCGGCCAGGUUCCGGCCAUGUUUGCCCGUCGGCAACAGAAGGUCUUCAGCGUCGGCAGACGCCUGCAAUCCACCUCUCAAACCACGCAAAAUCCCGCCUAUCCCCUCUACCCCUCGGUCGCCCAGCUCCUCCGUGAGAAGGGCAUCCCCCAGUCCGACGUCUCCAAGAUCCCCGCCUCCGGUCCCAAGGGCCGUCUCCUCAAGGGUGACGUGCUCGCCUACAUCGGCCAGAUCCCCGCCGAAUACCCAUCAACUCAGGCCGCCAAGCUGGCCAAGCUCUCCCACCUCGAUCUGAGCAACAUCAAGAUUGCGCCGGCUCCCGCCCCGGCCGCGCCGGCCGCGGUCGAGGAGAAGGUUGCCGCACCCAUCCCUAUGUCCUCAGUCGCCGUCUCAGUUUCCCUGGCAGCGGUGCUGUCAGCUCAGAAGAAACUCCAGGAUAACUUGGGCGUGACAGUUCCGCUGUCCCGCUUCCUCGCCAUCGCCACAGACCUUGCCAACGACGACUUGCCUCGUUUGGCUAGCGAAAAGCCAUCCGCCGAUGAGCUCUUCGACGAGGUUCUCGGCGCUGAGCCACUUCGCACAUCCCGCGGUGAUUACAUUCCCGAGCUUAACGCUGUCGAGGUUCCUAAGCCGGUUCGCUCCAAGCCUGUCACCGAGGACAUUAUUGAUUUCUUGAGCUCCAAGUCGUACAAGAAGCCUUUGUCUGCGGGUCCGGUUGAGAGUGAGUCUGAUGUUGCUUCUAAUGUCUUCAGCUUGACUGUCCCUGCUGAUGAGGAGGUUCGCGCCAGGGCAUUCUUGGAGCGGAUCAAGACUCUUUUGUCUGUUGAGCCGGCGCGCUUGGUACUUUAG